CAUUACCACAUAAAACACAUUUUGGGGGGUGCCCUAUAUUUGGGAGGGGGGGUACACUUUGAGAAAAUGGCUCAAUUACCACCUAAAAUACCAAGCAUGGCACAAAAUUGGGCAUCCUUCCCUCACCAAAGGCUACCCACCACGGCCAAUUUCAUCCCCACCACCACCACUUCUGCUGCGGUCCAGCCACCGUCGCAACCGCAAUGUAACUGGAUCGACGAGUUCCUCGAUUUCUCCUCCGCCAGGCGUGGGGUCCACCGGAGGUCCGCGAGCGAUUCCAUAGCCUUCAUGGAGUCCCCGUUGACAUUGGAGGAAGAAUGCAGGAACCCGAGCACUGCCAUGAUGCAUCAUGGAUCCACCAACAACCUCGGCUUCGACAGGCUUGACGACGAGCAGCUCAUGUCCAUGUUCUCCGACGACAUGUCCGUCACCGUCCCGCCUACCGUGUCGUCUUCGAACCCGUCCACGCCGUCCGACCAGAACAGCAAUAACGACGAGAAUAAUAACAACAACAGCAACAAGCCAUUGAUGGCUCAUCAGGAGCAGCAGCAGCAGCACCCGAAAAGCGAGCCGGGAGAGGACGAAAGCUCGUGCGAGGCAGACCCUCAUGCUCAAUCUCAUCCGCCACCAACCUCCCCAGCUGAUCCCAAGAGGGUCAAAAGCAGAAUUUUGGCGAACCGGCAAUCGGCUCAACGGUCCAGGGUCAGAAAGUUGCAAUACAUUUCAGAGCUUGAACGCAGCGUUACGACAUUACAGUCGGAGGUAUCAGCACUGUCGCCAAGGGUUGCAUUUCUAGACCACCAGAGGUUGAUUCUGAAUGUGGAUAACAGUGCUUUGAAGCAAAGGAUUGCUGCUUUGGCUCAAGAUAAGCUUUUCAAAGACGCUCAUCAAGAGGCACUAAAGAAGGAAAUAGAGAGGUUAAUGCAGGUUUAUCACCACCAGAGCCUAAAGAAGAUGGGAAACCAAAACGCACAGCAGCAACAGCAGCAACAGCAGCAGCAACCAAACCCAGAUAUCAUGGUGUGUACGGAUCACAAUGAGCAGCAAAUUCUGAAUUGAGAUGAGAUUAUAUAUAUAAAAAAAUGCAUAGUGGCAUAUAAUGCUAACUUUGGCCUUACAUUCACGUGAUGUGUUUCCACUUGGUAUGCCUUGUGUGGGACCCCUGACAAGGUUGUGUGAGAUUAGAGGCUUUAACAUGGACACGUGGACUACUUGGAUAGGGUGCUGAAAACAUUUUUUAUUUCAUUUUCAGUAAUCAAUUCUUUUGGUUAGGAGGUUGGCCACUUGGCUUGGUUUUCUACUUUUAUUUUUUUUCUUAAUUUUCAGAUUAUUGUUUUUCAGAUUUCUUUGUUUUUUUUUUCAAAUUUUUGGUGGGGAUUUUUUUUUUUCCUUGGUGGGGAGGGAGGGAUCAAAUACAUUGGAGAAGAAUUUGUCUGGGGCAGGAGUGGCCAUGUGUGAGUCUGAUUGAUGUAUCUUUUUUCUGUGCUUUUUCUUUCCCCUCUGGACUAAUAAUGCGAUAUGCCAUUUGUUUUAUGUUA